AUGCUGCUCUGCGAACCAGUGGUGAGCACGUGGACUGCCGGCGCAGACGACACGGAGAGAGAGAGAGAGAGCCGUGGUGGCGAUCAGCACGACUCCUUACUUCCCCCAGCGUUUGCGGAGCUCCGGUGAGAAUUUGAAUCACAUUUUUUGUUGCAGUUAUUGCUGCCAGUUUAGUUUGUCCCAGUAUAAUGGCGUAGGCGGCAUGUCCGGCUGUAUAGAUGUCGGGUUAGGUGCGGUAUUCAGUCACGGUCUGCUCAGCUGUGACGGUUGUUGAGGCAGACUAGGCACUAGAUGAGCCUUUAGUCCAGAACAUCCAGAAAAUUUUAACUUUAAAGAGUUUAAUGACGUUUUACAGAGUCGAUUUCUUGCAGUAAUUCCUGGUAGGUACUUUGUUCGGAGAAGUACUCGACGUUAGAAAAUGACAAUGCUAGAGGCCUUUGCAAUGAGCAUUUAGCAAUUUCUGCGUCCCGGUUUUAAAACUCAGCGUUCAUGCUUUAUUUCGCUGCAAAUUGCACUGAUUGUUAGAUUUCCUGCAGUGUAGGGUGCUGUCGUUAUGAAAAUAUUUUUUUAACGAAGAAGGACUGUGGCGUUUAUCAAAUAAGUUGUGAGAAAAUUGUGUGGGUCUAACAGCGUCGCUAGUGAUUUGCAAGUGCAGUCAAGUAGAUGUGAGUCAUUGUGCAACUAAACGGUAUGGCCUUGAACUCGACGAACCGUUUAAUCUUAGCAACGCUAGACUGUUGCUUACUACAACGGGAAUGACAAUUCUAAAGACGAAACAACCUUCUCCUUGCAAUUAUUUCGAUGUAAUGUCCCAUUUUAUAAGUAAUCUAUGAUGGUGUGCAGUUUAUCAAGGGAGUCAUAUGUCUACUGGUGCUUGCGAGCGUUGUCUUUGUUGGAGAUAUACGGCUACGCUACCCCAAAUUAACGUAGGAUUGGUAAAGAUUGACCUCGGUCAGAACACUAUCCCUUGAUGUCGUAGAGUCCUUACCUAACCGGAGAGGAGCCGGUUAUUCGACGUCAAGACUUCCCCAGGAAAUAUGCAAAGUCGCUCCUGCUGUUUAUCAGGCUGUGUGUUAACUCUCAGUCACUGUAUAUGUGUAUGCAAAUAUAUCGAUGAAAAUGAGGAGCCCCUUCAAAUCGAUCGUGCUGUGCUUGCGGAUUUUCAAUUUGCUUACACAAAAGUAGGUAAGGUCGCAGUUGGUUGCCAGACAUUAUAAGUUGAUACUGUCCACGUACGUACGUAUUAUCAGUAGGUGUGCUUACCUUGUCUAGGGGACUUGUUAUCAGUAGGUGUGCUCUUGCUGAGUUAGGCAGGUUGCCCGUUUCGUUCAGGCUGUUGGGUCUAGUGAGGGUUAUGUUUAGGCGUAGGUUAAGUUUUAGGGUCAGGCUUAAGUGUUAGGAUUAGGGUUUUAGAUUCCCGUUAGGGCUAGGGUUAGUGCUAGGCUUAAGGUUAGGUUUAGGGCUAAGGUCAGGUUUAGGGUUAAGAUCAGGGUAAGGGUCAAGUUUAGGAUUGGGUAUAUGACUAGGUUUUGGGUUAGCGUUGGGUUUUAUGAUCUUGGUCGCUUUUCGGUUUUGAGGCUUAGGAUUAGAUUUUGCUCUUGCUAGCAGGGUUGAUUUUUAGGCUUAAGCGUAGGGUUUAGAUUUUGGCCAUUAUUACACCUACUUACAUCUUCCCAGCUCUUUCCCUGGUAACUUUAAUUUUAUCCAGAAACUCCAGCAUUCCUCUACCAGCCUUUUAAUUUACCCCACCCAUAUAACCCCCUUUCUCACCAUUCUCGUACGACAGAGACUUGGCUGUCCGCCUCUCCAUUCCUGGCUACCGUUUGCGAUCUAACCCAAAAGUAGUUUUAGGGGAAAUGAAACAAGGGAAUGUGGAAACACCACACUAUUGCCUAAGGAAGAGGGAAUGUCUCUUAAACAAUGCGCAUUUUUAGGGGUGAGAGAGGGCGAGUUUGGGAGGAGGGAGCGUAAGACGGGCUGCCGGUUUAAUGAGACUCCAAACUGUCGGAUAUGGAGCAGCAACUGUUGAGUUACGAAGUGCAAGGUGAGACAGUGAGCUAUGCAAGUGGGCCUUCGUAGAAGACGUUCAGAUCGACAUGACGACCGAUAGCGUUUCAACCGUCGAGAAGCCCUCGUGUCCGUCCUGUGUUGGCUGGGAAUUUUGACAUUCGUAGGCACUCCAUUGGGCCUUUUCAGUUCAGCCUCACCGCCCAUUGGCUGACGAGUUCGGACAGCCGAUUGGUGCGUGGUAAGGGGGAGGGAAAGGGUUAGUAACGUCGGCAUUAGGAAAUUCAUCCCGAUGGGACAUUGGUGCAUUCCUCACUACAGUAAAUAUUACGUGCUUGAAUCUAUCCUGGCGCGCCAAAUGUGGCGGGGUGGAAAACUGCCAGCUGAGACUGUAGCCCAGUCUUCUUAGAAAUAAGAGUAAAUCCGCGGUGACUCCCUCUUUGUGUGGUCCAUAUGACACUUUCAUUUAGGCGGGAUCUGAGCUUCGUCUACUGUGGUCUGGUACGUGCCCCGGGGGCCGGGUCGUGUGUGGAACGCGUAGAUGACGGGUUUCUUACUAUGUUUUUCUCCGCGAUCGCACCUACCCACGGUCGUAUUGAGGUUUUCUUUCCAUCAGAGCAAGGUGGAAGUUGAAGGAGAGAGAGAGAGCGGUAGAUGCUGCGCACGCCUGCCUUAUUUCAAGCGAAUGCACGAGCCAGUCACCGGUUCUGUUAUAAACACGCUGUCGUCGUUCGCAGCGGUCGAACUGACAGUUAAUCAACUCAGUUAUUUAGCCAUUUUGCUGCGCGUCUUUCCCCUCUUCUCUCGCUCCCCCUUGGGUUUUCUGAGACUCGGCAAAACCGUCAGAGCUUUCUCCGACUGUGAACAUAUGUGUUCAAGUGACGCAUGAACCAUAUCGUACUGACGAGACCAGCAAAAGAGUGGAAACUAGGAGGCUGCUAUGGGUUCCAUAGUCCGAAUCUCAUUAAUGGUCCAAUCAAGUAACCGAUGUCCGCGCCGACUGAGGAAGUCGUAGCAUUUGAGCGAUGACCCCGUCGACAGAAACAUUGAAUCACCGCCCGCUUACCAGGUGCUGCGGGCAGAAGUGGACACUUUGCUAGCGUCCAGCCCCCAGGCGGGGUAGGAAGGGGUGACCGGUAAGACGUCAGUCAGUAUCCACAAGACUGGGAAUACGAGCGGAGGUAGAAAGGGGAGGAUGACUAUCGAUGUUUGCUGUGGAUGGCGAACUCCCUGGAGUGACCGAUGACCUGGCAUCGCCGCUGGCUAGUGAUGUGAAAGAAGGAAGACCAAGAGGAGAUGCGUGUGUCUAGCUGGUUCUAACACUUCCUGCACAACAGUGAAUACUAGUUCCACAGAAGUGUCAUACUGCGAGAAGCCUUCAAGGGUCUAUAAUGAGGAUGAAGUACGACCAAGGGGAGGUGCGCGAGCAUAUUUGGUCUCAGUGGUCCCAACACGAUAGGAAACACUUCUCCUUCUGGAGUGUCACACUGCAAGUCCGAUUCAGUGACAAUUUGGGCGAAGAGACUCCAGAUUUGAAGUGGGGAUUUGCAUCAAGAUACUCGACCCCCUGGACGACAACGACCUAAACGGCAAAAACUCCGUGGACCCUAUCCAUGAGUUGGGGAAAUAGGCACCUCCAAAAUGACCACAAUAAACUGCACCCUGUAGGUCCUUGCAGGUUCGGAUAUGAUCAGCUAAUAAUGACAGACAUGCCAGAAACUUCUGCAUUUUUUGUCGCCAGUUGCUAUGCGACCGUCCGUGUACGCUCUAAACUCGCAACUCCAGGGCAAAACAAAAAUGCCUAUUUCCGCCCUACAAUCCGGACAGGUCGGUGCAUACUACUUUGAUAUGACUGUUUACCCCCGAUCUCAGCCGACAUGACGCGAGCACGGCGGGGCAGCUGUGAGGCCCUUGGCCCUUGAUCAUCUGACCCGGGUAUGAAUCUCAGGUUUACAAUAGUAAAGACUUUGUAAUUGACCUUUCCAGUCACCUCUAUCCGUGUCGGUAAAACUCCCACUUCGAGAUAUACCUCACAAAACGUCAUAAAUGGUUAUGCAUGUGAAUUUCGGAAUGGCCUCUUGACAUCGUCGCUCAUGACUCAUUUCCAGUUUUAAAAUAUGGAACCUGGGUGAAACGAAAGAAGAUGGAACCUCCAUACUACGGGUGGCAUUGUUCCAAACUUUGGGGGGGUUAGGUUUAAGGUUUGGGUUAUGAGGGUCAUUGCUGGUGUUAAAGAUAAUACCAGGAUCCAGCUCUCAAGUUGCGGCUCAUUCGACGAGAUCCGGCCACACAUUCAAAUUAGAUGAGGCCGAAAUUCUCGCAAGCGGUGACAACCGCGCGAGCCGGGAGCUACUGGAUUCAUGGUUUACUGCCCCCCAGUCCAUCAACAAGUGCAACGAUCUUCCCACUCCAUACUCCGUGCUAAAACUUCGCCUAGGCGGAGUAACAAGCCAUGCGGCGAGCGCAGAGGUGAACACGUUUCCCAACACCGGGGUCGGUGCGUCAGAUGGUCGAGCAAUCAUCACGCCAACAUCCAACGCACAUGAUGAAAUUGCAGCAGUUAUCGACGCGAAUGUCGGCCAUCAAGCAGUGAUCACACCAAGUACGACGAGCCCGGACGAAGGGGGGAGCCGUGAAGGUUCAUAGGUAUGCGGUAGCAUGGCUACUGCAUCCUAUAAAUACUGCAGCCGCAUAUGCAUGAACCACCCUUAUCUGCUCUUGUCUCUGAUGAUGGAUUCGAGUAGGAAUCUGAAACGUCAAGCCAAUAAAGCUCUUGUCCCGGCGAUCGUGUCUCUUUCUUCAUCAGGACUAGUGUUUAGGCAUCCCUCUGGGAGGGCGGAGGAGUUAACGGUAGUGUUGAGACUAGUUCUGGGGUUAGCGUUAGGACACAAGAACAGGUAUCACCCGCCCGGGAAUUUAACUCGAAGGGGGGAGCCCUUAUCCCAGCGUCCAACGGGAAUGUGCGCUUUGCAGUUUGUGGUACAUUAUUAGUCAGAAAUUAUCUUAACAUCAGUAACAACUUCUAAGUGUACCCUUGACUCUUUAAAGUUGCGCGCACCGGAGCACACGAAGUGGUGGAAGUGGAUCGGCCUUUUAGGAAAGAGAAGGACAUCGUGCCGAGAGACAGAGAGAGGGAAGUCCUUUAGUGUUCCAGUGUCCACCUGUGGGCAAAGGUAUGGUAUGUAACCCCCUGGGGGGGGGAUAUAGUUAGCCACAAUCCCAAUACCAACCCUGGGCAUGUCCUAAAUGGGAAAUCACUAUUCUUAAGUCGAGACCUAAAACCUUACAGUAAGUGGGCUAACUCAUGAAAUGUCAAUAGAAAUUCGGUAAUGCAUUUUCGUUUGGAAAAGACUAAUUAAGCAGGAUUGUAAAACCAAUUAUCGUGAGACAUUAUUCUAUAAUAAUUCAGUUACCCCAGGACGCUGGCUUUCGAACACACUUUUUGGCUGCAUCCAAAAACCAUACUCUGUAAAAAAUGAAUACUUAAGUAACACGCAUUUUUUCAUAGACUUUCGAUGCCCUUAAAAAUUCAACUAUAUUUCCUAGAAAUCAUGCACAAAAAUAUUCAAUCUUUUGCUCAUUUAGUAGAAAAUAACGUCUUAUUUUAACUUACCCUCUAAAUCAGUGUAUUUUUUGGUUUCAUAAGACUUUUCUAAUUCCCGAAUAAUUUUGAACCCCACCUGCCUUUACACUUAUAUUCAGAGUUCCUAAACUACAGGCCGUAUAUUUUCCGCGUACAGAAAACCAUACAUUUCGCUAUGGUAAUAAAGGGGUACCGUAUAGGGUUCAUAGAAUUAAGUAGUGGAAUUGAGCCAAAUUUUUAACUUUACAAGCCACAUUAGUAAAUACAGAGCCAUGACGUUUUAUGAAGGGCAAUUUUACGGUACUAAAAAAUCUCACAAUAAGAAACUUUUUAAGGCCAAAUUAUAGCCUUCCUUCUAGUGUAAAAUUGAAAAACGACGUGAUUUUCUACUGAAUGAGCAAAAUAAUGAAUAUUUUUUGGCAUGAUUUCUAGGAAAAAUAGUUGAAAUUUUAAGAGAUUUGAAAAUCAAUGAAAAAACAUGCUAAUUAGGUAGUAAUUUUUGCGGAGUAUGGCUUUUGGAUGCAGCCAAAAAGUGUGUUCGAAAGCCGGCGUCCUGGGGUAACUGAGUUAUUAUAGAAUUAUGUCUCACGAUAAUUGGUUUUGCAAUCCUACUUAAUUAGUCUUUUCCAAACGAAAAUGCAUUACCGAUUUUUUGUUGACAUUUCAUGAGUCAACCCACCUACUGUAACCUAAGCCUCAGCCCCAAAUCCAAACCACAGCUCUAGCCUGGCAAUCCUAGUCUCAAGAAUAACCCAGCUUGCCGAUUAACGACGUUACAUAAAGCCUAAAAGUGAGCUUAAAUCAACCAACUUCCAUGUAGAUAUCGCUAUCGGAGAUCAAAAUCCGCUUCCUACAUAGCCCCUAUUGCAAUCUACUGCCAGGCAAACCGUUAUAGAGCACAACUAACUAAGAUAAGCAGGUGGGCUUUAAAGUAGCCACCCAGGGGGGUUACAUACCCUACCAUCACCCGUUUUUUCAUUCAAAGCGUUGUAACUGGUAGCCUUAGCAUCAAUCACAGGGAGCUCUCCCUUAAAGGUCACAAACUCAGAUAGAAAAUUGAUGCGCAUGUUUUCUUUUUUCAUGCAGAACCUGUUGACAACUUGCCUGGACAGGCGACAGGACAGGAUUGUGCGACUCAUUCUGCCCCACUCAAACCCAACCCCGUGAUAUUCAGCGCGCCCAGCAAAGAGCGUCGCCCCUCACUCUCGUAAGCCACUCACUCGCAGGCAGCUGACGACUUUUCAGCGGAGGCUUGCUCGCUCGAGGGCGCGCGCACAAACACACCUACUUGACUCCUGACAUCCACACUCUCCUCUCGCUCCGUAGCCUUCCUCCGCCUCCGCCUCCUCCUUCUCCCACUUUCGCUAACUCGCCCCCCCCCUCUGUGACAUCGCCGGCGCUCGCGAUGAACGCAACCGCAGUCCCCACGACAAAGCGUCCCCUGCCCUCCACACCCGUGGUCCGCAUCUCCGACAUGACUGAGGACUGGCAGCAGAUAGCAGUGGACACCGGGGUCGCCGCGUCGGAACAGUUCAGUCUAGAGAAGGACAUGGCCAUCUACGUGAAGAAGGCCUUUGAUGAACGCUUUGGUCGGACCUGGCAAUGUGUGGUGGGUCGCAAAUUCGGCAGGUGAAGAAGACAUGAGUUGUCCUUUGCAAAUAAGUUCUAAACGGGGAUCUGUGUCCCCACCGUACAGUAGGUGGGCAAACUCAUGAAAUGCCAGCCGAAAGUCCGAAAUGCGUUUUCGUUUCGAAAAGAUCAAUUAAGUAGCGUUGUAAAACUAGUCAGCCUGCAACGUAAUUCUAUAAUGUUUCAGUUACCUGAGAAUACCGGCUUUCGAAUGAACUUCCUACCGGCUGCAUGUAAAAUCUGUACUUUGUAAAAAAUGACUACAUACAUAGCAUGUCUUUUUCUAGUUGAUUUUUAAGGCCUCUAGAAGUCCAAUUAUAUUUCCUGGAAAACAUGCAUAAAAAUAUUCAUUCGUUUGCUCAUUCGGUAGAACACUACGUCUUCUUAUAGUUUUAUACUCGAAGGCGGGACGUGAUUCGGUUUUUAAAAACUUUUCCAAUUCCCGAAUAAUUUUGAACUCGACCUGCCGUUACACUUGGAUUCAGGGUUUCCAGACUACAAGUCAUAUAUUUUCCCCAUUCAGAAAACCACACAUUUUUCUACGGUAUUGAGAGGAGGCCAUAUUGGGUUCAUAAAAUGUAGCAUUGGCUUUGAGCCAUGUUGUCCACCUUAAAAGCCACAUUGGUAAAUGCAGAGAUAUGACGCUUUAUGAACGGUCAUUUCACGGUAUUUAAAAGUCUUGCAGUUAGAAAUCUCUUUACAACCGAAUCAUGUUCCUACUUUGGGUAUAAAAUUAGCCGAAGACGUAAUUAUCUACCGAAUGGAUAAAAGAAUGAAUAUUUUUAUGCAUGUUUUCCAGGAAAUAUAAUUGGACUUCUAGAGGCCUUAAAAAUCAACGAGAAAAAUUCAAGCUACUUAAGUAGUCAUUUUUUACAGAGUGCAGUUUUUCGCAUGCAGCCGGAAGGGAGUUCAUUCGAACGCUGGCAUCCUGAGGCAACUGAAAUAUUAUAGAAUUAUGUUGCAGGCGGACUAGUUUUACAACGCUACUUAAUUAAUAUUUUCGAAACGAAAGCGCAGUUCGGAAGUUUGCUCGGCAUUUUAUGAGUUAGCCCACCUACUGUAGGUGACCUUGACAGUGGGUGCUGCUUUUGUUACCGACUUGUCCAGAACGCCUCCAAGGCUACCGGGAAGUUGCAUGGUCGAGAACCAUGCAGGUGCGUGCGAGAGUGGUUGAAUUUUUCAGUGGUAUGGAUAAAGGGACCGAAUAGAGGACUUUGGAGUGUGCUUUUUCCCCCUUAAAUAUAAAUCUUUGCAUCGUUUUUUGAGAAUCACGUCUUCUUCAAACGUGACCAUUCAGAAAGCAUAAUAUUUUGUUCAUUAAGGCGUACGGAUUCUUGUAGGCUGUGAAACACGACGGGUUUUUACGCAUUCUUGGCUCUCUUAAAAUGUCGUAAUAAGAAUGACUAACGCCGUGUAAGGGGCAACAGUGUUAGUAAGCUCGUGGACUAUACGCCGCGAGCGAGUCAUGAAGGCAUUGUGAAACGAAUUACAACCGCGCACCUUUUUAAACGCUCUAAAUACGAAGAGUGAAGAAAACGUAAUUCCCCCUAACGCAAACGGCAAAGAUGUAUUUUCUGUGCAUAUUUCAUGGGAGGAACAGGCAACUCCAAAUAAGCACCGUAGGCGGUUUAUAGUAAAUAUACCAACUCAUGAAGUGCUACCUGAAAUUCUGAAAUGCAUUUCCGACUCAAAAAGAUUACUCAAGUGUUUAAAUUCGUCCUAACCUAGUCGAUGAGUACAUGCAUGUACAGUAGAUAUGCUAACUCAUGAAAUGUAUGCCGAAAUUCUGAAAUGCGUUUUCGACUCGGCUGUGACAGGAAUCCCCCUGCAGUAGAAUUUCAUGAUAUUUUAGUUACUUCAGGCUGCCGGCUUCUGAAUGAACUUCUUUCCUAUACUUCUUAAAUAGUAUGAAUUUUUCUCAUUUAUUUUUGAUGAACCUAUAAAUUUAAAUAUAUUCCCUAGAAAACAUGCGUAAAAAUACUCAUCCUUCUACUCAUUUGGUAGAAUUUAAUGUCUUCAAAGUUUAUACUUGAAGGAAAAAGUAUAAUUUGGUUUUAAAAAGCUUCUACUUAUGAGAUUUUUGAAGACCGUAAAAUGCCCGUUCAUAAAACAUCGUCUUUACAUUUACUAAAGUUGCUUGUAAAGUUUACAAAAUGAUCCAAAUUUUCUGAACUUCAUAAAGUCUCUUCCUAAUAUCGUAUAGAAAUGUAUGAUUUUCCGUUCACCGAAAAUAAACAGCUUGUAGUUUUGAAACCCUGAAUGCAAGUGUAACAGCAAGUCGUGUUAAAAAUUGUUUGGAAAUUGGAAACGUUUUUAAAACCGAAUUAUGCCCUUUCUUCAAGUAAAAAAUUAAAUAAAGUCGCAAUUUGCUUUCAACUAAGCAUAAAAUGAAUACUUUUAUGCCUAUUUCCCACAAAUCACACGAAAUUUUAAUACUACUGGCUGUAUGUUUGCAGUUUAUGAGUAGUACGCCGGCAUUUCCCUGGGAUAAUGCAUCUCACCUCAAAUGUAAUUACCAACUUUCGAGUUGGGCUCUAUAAAGUUUCACUCCGGAUGAUGUGCUUUUGAAUUCAAUUUAAAAGAAAUUAAAAACCGGAGAUUAGAUUGCCAUCGUGCUCCAUCGUAAUCACGCUUAGCAAAUUUGGAUUUACGUUUCAUACUGCAGAACUGUCGCCGUAUAUAAAAGGAGAUUAUCUAUAGCAUUGCAGUCGCAAUUAAGUAGACCCUUUUGCCUGUUUGAAAUUCUCAUUUCCUUCAUCAUGAGUACGAUUUUACUUAAUUUAUGCCCAAAUAUUCACCCUAACACUUCGGCAUGUCAAUAAGCGUCCUCUCUAAAUGAAAUUUGCAUGUUUUGAAAGAUGUCCUCGAAAAAGGCCACAGUUAAGCAAGAUCUUAACUGACAACGCACAUUUAAUCUUUUUUCAGCUAUGUGACGCACCAGGAUGGGACUUUCAUUCACUUUAUGUACGGAGAAUGGGCGUUUUUGCUUUACAAGUCUGCUUAG